UCAGCAAUUUCAUGAAAAAAGGAACUAUCAAAAUUUGUAAGUGCUUCUAUUUUGUUCAUAUUUUGUAAACUCAUUCAAUUUCCAAAAAUUUUAUGUAAUGUAAACCAACGUACAACACAACGUUAACCAAUAGAUGAAUUAUGUUGCGAAGACGUGUCGAUUUCUAUCUCAAAUAGCAAGUAAGACCGCAUAAGAAAGGUUCCUUUCAUCACUAGGUGGAUUUAUUCGAGUUUUUUUGUGAAAUUAAGGAAAUAUAUGAGCUAUUCCACAACGUCAUGACUAAUCUUCGGUAAUUGAAGCAGUUUCUCAAACAGUAUUCUUGUUUUAGCUAUUCGAACUGGUUCGGUUAGCCCAUUUACCGAAUAGCCUUGAUCGCUCCUAAAUGUUCAUUCCCAAUAUCAUUCCCUAUAACGAAUCUUAUAUUGAAGUUCUGCAAGUGCUUCAUGAUACGUAACGAACGUAAUUAACGAAGUAAAAAAUUUUUAACAUCUACCCUCAAAUCGAUGAUUAGUUGGUAGCGAAUAAAUACAAUCGUCAGUCUUACACUUGUUGUUCGCAGUCUAGGUGUUCUCCCGCGAUGAUUCGGCAGUGUUCGCUGCUCACUGGCAUAUCUUAUCGAAAGAUGUUUUUUUUUGUUUUCCUUACAGUAUAGUACAAGUAAUAAAUAAAAUACAUAGAUGGGCAGUAAUCCGAACUAAGCUGAGCAAAGUUCGAGCUAUGCAGACGCCCGAACGCGAUUUACCAGAAAGGUCACAAUUUGCUUGUUUUGUGGUUAACAUAGAGUAAAACAAUUUGUUCAAACCAUCCGGUGCUUUGAAUAUGGCGGAUUUACGAGUGUUGCUCCACUUGGUUGCCGUUGUGCACUCUAUCGUUGGACUCUAUGGUUUUGCCAAUAUAAAGUUUCCCGCGGAUUUAAUGCCUUUUGGAGUUAAGUUUGGUGGAAUAUGGAAAUAUCUCACGAUAUGGAAUACGGCAAUGCAAGUUGUUUACUUUACAUUAAGCCUAUUGAAUGAUUUCAUCGGAAGUAAUGAGUUGGCGCCGCGUCGAAUGCCCGUAACACGAAAAAUCAAGGACUACCUAUUUGCAGCAUUCCUGUUUCCUGGAGCGAUGCUCGUGACUAUCACUUUUUGGGGUAUAAUGCUCGUCGACCGGGAACUAAUUCUGCCAAAGGUGUUAGAACCGAUCUUUCCUGACUGGCUCAACCAUGCUUUACACACAAACAUUGUGCUGUUUAUGCUAUUGGAACUUUACAGCAGCUUCCGACAAUAUCCGUCCCGUAAAAGUGGUCUUACUGGAUUACUUACUUUCGGAAUAGGUUACUUGACCUGGGUGCAUGUUAUACAUCAGCAGAGUGGAGUUUGGGUAUAUGGUAUUAUUGAGGUGCUCUCUAUGCCGCUGCGUAUCGCAUUUUUCGCCGGCGUAAUUGGCUUAUCUAUCGGUUUGUAUCUCUUUGGCGAGUUAUUCAACAACGGUGUCUGGGUAAGAGAGCUGUGGACGUUGCGUUCCGCAACCAAGAGGUCAAAAUCGACGUAAUGCUAUCGAUAUAUUCAAUGAUUGUUUGCAGAAAGAUAAA